UGUAAGUUGACGGUUAAGUGGCUGUCUUGGAAGUUGGAACAGGUUAAUACUAACAUGGCUCUUAUCAAUGACACUGUGAUUUGCAUCGGUAUGCGCCUAAUCUAACAUUGCCAAUACGACAUCACCCCGCAUCCGGUUAUCAAGCCUCCACAGAAUCACAGAUAGGUUCAAUAUUGGGGAUAUUCCACUUCUGUACCGGUGUUCUAUCCGCAGCUCCCGGCGUUGCAGUAGGCACAUAUGUUGCCAUGCUGUUUUGUGACGACAUUCGGCAGGGCUCGGUACGAGGCUUACUGUGGCCGAUCUCGCCCGCAUUUUUAUAUAGAAAGUUCGAAUAUCAUAUCAAGGCUUCGCAAUUCUUGUCGCAUAUGCUAACAAUAUCCAUCACGACAAUUUACUGAAGAUGGGGCGCCAUAGCAAUGGAAUCCAGGCGUUUGUCGUCCUCUUCCUCACUUUCGCUAAUGCGUGUUUGCACACACGCUUCUCCACUCAUCCAGACCUGGCAAGAAGACAGAGCACCCCUCUAGUCUCCCUCAGCCCAGAGGAGACAACGCUUGUGGAGGCUAUUUCGAACACGACGAUCUCAGAAUGGGCGUACUACUACACCCACGGCGCGCAUUUGGCGGGUAAAAACCUGACUAUGGCGCAGUGGACGGCCGAUCGUUUCCAGGAGAAUGGCUGGAAUUCUUCUGUCGUGUCUUAUGUUGUGUUCCUCAAUUAUCCGGUCAGCAAGUCCCUGAGCUUGACAUAUUCUAAUGGCAGCACUUACGCACCGCUCCUGGAGGAAGAUGUACUGGACGAGGACGAAACGUCGAGCUAUCCCGAUCGGAUCCCCACGUUCCACGGGUACUCGGCUAGCGGCAGCGCAGAGGCCGAGUAUGUCUACGUUGGGCGAGGCCAGCAAGUCGAUUUUGACAGGCUGAUUGAGCUGAACGUGCCACUGGAAGGGAAAGUUGCGCUAGCCAAGUACGGCGGACCCUUCAGAGGGUUGAAGGUGAAAAAUGCGCAAGAACACGGCAUGAUAGGCGCGGUCAUCUUCACAGACACGUCGGAUGACGGCGAUAUCACCGAAGCGAACGGGUACGCCGCGUAUCCCGACGGGCCCGCGCGAAACCCGUCUUCCGUGCAACGAGGCAGCGUGCAGUUCCUCUCGACAUACCCCGGCGACCCGACGACGCCAGGCUACCCGUCCAAGGAGGGCUCGCCGCGCGCAAACCACUCGCAGGUGGUCCCGCACAUCCCGUCGAUCCCGAUCUCCUACGCGGACGCGAUCCCGAUCCUCGCGGCGCUCGACGGGCACGGAACUGCGGGCGCAGACGUCAACCGCACGGGGUGGGUGGGCGCGCUGAACGUCUCGUACAGCACCGGCCCGGCCCCCGGCACGACGAUCAGCAUGGCGAACCUCAUGGAGGACGCGUACACGCCGAUCUGGGACUCGAUCGGGAUAAUCAACGGCUCGAUUGCGGACGAGACGAUCGUGAUCGGGAACCAUCGCGAUGCGUGGAUUAUUGGAGGCGCGGCGGAUCCGAACAGCGGGACGGCGAUCAUCGUGGAGCUCUCCCGAGCCUUUGGAAAGCUCCUGGCGCAGGGGUGGCGGCCGAAGCGGAAUAUCGUGCUGUGUUCCUGGGAUGCGGAGGAGUACGGGCUCGUGGGGUCGACGGAAUGGGUGGAGGAGUACAUUCCCUGGCUCAAAGAGAGCGCGGUGUCCUACUUGAAUAUUGAUGUCGGCGCGUCUGGACCUUGGCCCUACAUCAGCGCGACGCCUGAGCUGCACACGAUCGCUACAGAUACCAUGAAGAAGAUAUUGUGGAUGGACACGGACCAUACCAUGUAUGAUGUCUGGUCCGAGUACACUCAAGACUCGAUUGGCGUAUUGGGCAGCGGUUCUGAUUACACCUCCUUCGUUCACGAAGGCAUUGGCUCGAUCGAUGUUGGUUCAGGCGGAGGCUCGUCGGAUCCCGUCUAUCAUUACCACAGCAAUUUCGAUAGUUAUCAUUGGAUGACGACUUUCGGAGAUCCUGGCUUUAGGGCUCACCAAUCUAUGUCCCAGUACUUAACACUCCUGGCUUAUAACCUUGCGGAUCAAGAUAUAAUACAAUUUGAUCUACCGAACUAUGCCCAGCAACUAGAAGUAUAUUACGAAGAGUUGCUCUCUACGAUAGAAUCCACCUCACAGGUAUUGGACACGUCUGCGCUACGGAGCGCAAUAGACACCUUCCAGACAGGCGCAACAGAUGUACAGGCCCUCGAGGACCAGGCAACGGCAACCAGUGACCCUAACCUCGUCACUCUGGUAAACCACAAGUACAGGGAUUUCCAGCGCGGCUUCGUAUCCCAAGGCGGGCUACCAAAUCGGGAAUUCUACAAGCAUCUAAUCUUUGCCCCUGGAAUUGAUACGGGCUAUGCGCCAACGACAUUUCCAGGAGUAACGGAGGCGGUGCUGGCUCGCAAUAUAUCACUAGCAGCGGAAUUUGUGCAAAAAACUGCGGAUGCGAUCGUGGUAGCUGCGAAUAUAAUUAAGACCUAGGUUCGAGAGUCAUUGUUUGACACUGGGAUUUUGGGACGAAGAACACCGUUAAGAGAAGUAGCAUUGAAAAUUGCUUUUCGCGGGAGGUAGGUACACAGAAAGAGAACCGUGAUUCUUGACUACAUUCCUUUCUACUCGUCUGGUCUUGCAUCCGCCUCAUAAUAUCAACUCCUUUGCCUAUCCCA